AGGAGGGGAAAAGAAAAGAGGCCGGGCGGGUCCCGCUUCCCUAACCCGACGCCCUUCGCUGCGUCCCACCUUUUGCUAGCAACUUUGCACCUCCAAGUCCGAGAUCACCUUCCCGCGGCGCACUCUAGCGCCACUGGCUUCUCGGAACCCGGCUUUCCAGUGGCGUCAUGCCGGCGACUUCCUGUUCCGGCUCCUGGGGGUCGACUCUCACGUGCGGCGGCUGCCAGACUUUACUCGGCUCCUGCCAGCUCUAAUGGAGGGGUUCGUCCAGUGCGAGGACGACGCAGGCAAUUCUUCAGACUGUCAUCAUGGGUAUCCGAGGACUAAUGAGUUUUGUGGAAGAUCAUAGUAAUGAAUUCUUCACUGAUUUGAAGUUGCGGGACACAAAAAUUAUCAUUGAUGGCUAUGCUCUUUUCCACCGACUUUGCUUCAACUCAAACUUGGAACUCCGAUAUGGAGGGGACUAUGAUUCUUUUGCAGAUGUUGUACAAAAAUUUUUUGAAUCACUGUUUGCAUGUAAUAUAUGUCCGUAUGUUGUAUUAGAUGGAGGAUGUGACAUUUCAGAUAAAAAGCUUACAACUUUAAAGGAUCGCGCUAGAGAGAAGAUCCAGACAGCCCAUUCCCUUUCUCUUGGUGGGGGUGGGUGUGUGUGUCCCUUACUCAUCCGGGAAGUGUUCAUACAGGUUUUGAUCAAGCUGCAGGUAUGUUUUGUUCAGUGCUUUUCGGAAGCAGAUCGGGACAUCAUGACACUUGCUAAUCACUGGAAUUGCCCUGUUUUAUCAUCAGACAGCGACUUCUGCAUUUUUGACCUGAAAACUGGGUUUUGUCCAUUAAGUAGUUUUCAGUGGAAAAAUAUGAACACUGUUCAGGGCACAGAAUAUUAUAUCCCUGCUAAAUGUUUUUCCCUUGAUGCAUUCUGCCGUCACUUCAGCAAUAUGAAUAAAGCUCUACUACCACUAUUUGCGGUGCUAUGUGGAAAUGACCAUAUUAAUCUGCCUAUCAUGGAGACAUUCUUAAGUAAGGCACGUCUUCCGCUCGGAGCUACCAAUUUUAAGGGGAGGAGACACCAGCGAGUUCUGGGACUUCUGAAUUGGUUGUCUCAUUUCGCCAACCCUACGGAAGCACUAGAUAAUGUUCUGAAAUAUCUCCCCAAAAAGGAUCGAGAAAAUGUUAAGGAACUUCUUUGCUGUUCCAUGAAAGAAUACCAGCAGUCCCAGGUAAAGCUGCAGGACUUCUUCCAGUACGGUUUUUACAUCUGUCCAGAUGCCGUGAAUCUGGGUUUACCAGAAUGGGUACUAGGGGCUUUGGCUAAAGGCCAAUUAUCUCCUUUCAUCAGUGAUGCUCUGAUCCUCAGACGGACCUUUCUUCAAACACAGGUGGAAAACAUGCAGCGACCAAAUGCUCACAGAAUAUCUCAGCCCAUACGGCAAAUCAUCUAUGGGCUUCUUCUGAAUGCUUCACCACACCUGGGAAAUAUGUCCUGCAAUGCAUCAUCUCCUCAGCCUCUAGCUUUCAGUGAAGUGGAAAGGAUUAACAGAAAUAUCAAAACAUCAAUUGUUGAUGCAUUAGAACUGCCUAAGGAUCAUUCUGACUUAAGCAAAUUGACUGAGCUUUCUUUGGGUAAGCGGCAGAUACUUCUAUUAGAAACCCUGAAAGUGAAACAGACCAUCCUGGAGCCAAUCCCUACUUCGUUGAAGUUGCCCAUUGCUGUCAGUUGCUACUGGUUGCAGCACACAGAGGCCAAAGCAAAGCUACAUCAUGUACAAGCCUUACUGCUGGGGAUGCUGAUGGGCCCCUUGUAUGCCAUUAUCAAUAGCCCAGGAAAUGUGGACCCCGGACCCAGGCAGGCUCAAUGCCUUGCUGCUCGCUAAUUGCUAAAAGGUAAGGAAGAACUGCGGAAAGAUGGUGCUAAGGUGUUGUAUGAAGAGUUCCAAAGAGUGGAGGAGCAGAUGCAGCUGAGCAGGAGACUGGAUUUAGACACAGCUCACAUCUUCUGUCAGUGGCAGUGCUGUCUCCA